AUGAUUAUGGGAAAAAAUAUUUCACUACAAGCAUUCAAAAAUGAAUUGACAUUUUGGUAUUCUUUUGGAAAAUUUUUGUUUCGUCUCCUAAUACCAAUUUGUAUUUACUGUGGUAAACAGCGUUCAGGAUGGAGUCAAUGCAAUGUAGCUAUUAAAAGCAUCGAAAGUUCGUCUUAUAAUAUAUCUAAUGAAUCUAAAACAUCUGAAAUUUUUAGAGAGCCAAUUGCACUUAUAGUAUCAGCGAUUUCGUGUCGAAAUGACUUAAUAAAAUCUAAUGUUCUUAAAUGUUAUGGAUUAAGUAAAGACCCUAAUACCAAUACUUAUUUAAUUAUUACAAAGCUAUGUAAAUGUGAUCUUUGGAAAUAUUUAGAACUGAAUUUUGGAAAUAUAGAUUGGUUUGAAAAAUUACGAAUUGUAAUGGAGACUGCUAAUGGAUUAAAAACAAUACAUUCUGCUGGCAUUGUUCAUCGAGAUUUUCAUACUGGAAAUAUUUUAGUCGGUUAUGAUAAUUCUAUUUACAUUUCAGAUCUUGGAUUGUCAUGUUAUGAAGACAAGGAUGCAACAAAUUAUGAAAACACUGGUGUAUUUGCUAUUUGUAACGGAGAACGCCCACAAGCUUUUGGAAAUGUGUUUAUACCUAAAUGUUAUAAAGAAUUAAUGGAAAAAUGUUGGGAUAAUAAUCCAUCAAAUAGGCCAAAUAUUAAUGAAUUAUAUGAAAUAUUAAGGGGAUGGUAUCUUGCUGGAAUAAAUGCUAAUCAAUUUAAGGAUGCGAAUAAUAACAAAAAUAAUAAUGUUAAAACCAUUAAUCCACCUAAACAACAGCCACGGAAUAGUGAAUUUAUAUCAACUAUGCAUAUAACAGAUGAUAUUCCCG